CCUCAACCGUGAGUGUUUACUACGCACCACUCACUCUCUCUCCUCUUAUUUCCACAGAACCCAACCGUUUCUCUGUUACUCUCUUCUCUCUAACCUACACCCCCAACUCUGCGUAUCCUACGCCCUCUCUCCUCUGCAAUGAGGGAUUCUUCUUCUGCUCUGGCUUCUUCAUUAAAUAUUCUUCUUCUUUUAUUCGUAUUUCUUCUGUGUUUUUUGAGUAACUCAGUUUCGUUUCUUGAAGAGGCUGAGUUAGAUCGGUUUGCAGAAACGAUUUUUCCUCAUGCUAAUAGUGAUGAGAUAAUUAAUAAUAUUAGUGUAAAUAAUGUUGUUGAUGAUGAUGAGAAGAAGAAGAAUGUUACUAAAGAAGAUAGUAUUGCGGAUAUACUUGAUCGUGCUUUAUCUAAUGAAUUCCCUGAUAAUGAAUCCACCACUGGAGAAACUGAUGCCGGGAGCUUCAAUAACAGUGUUGCUGACCAAAAUGCUGUUUUGGAAACUGUAGCAAGAGUGAAACCUAAGAAAAAUGAGACUAAAGAGAAGUCGUUUCAUAUUCACGAUAUCCUCAAUUUGGAUGAGAAUCGAGCAGAAGAGACUCCAACGUUAAUAGAUGAUAAGAAUAAUGUCUUUAUUAUAUCUAGUACGAAAUCAAAAUACCCUGUGCUACAAUUGGAUUUGAGAUUGAUAUCAGAUCUUGUCGUUGUCAUUGUGUCUGCAACUUGUGGAGGAAUUGCAUUUGCUUGUGCUGGACAGCCGGUUAUCACGGGGUAUCUGCUAGCAGGAUCUCUUGUAGGACCUGGAGGUUUGAACUUUAUUAGCGAAAUUGUGCAAGUCGAGACAGUUGCUCAAUUCGGUGUAAUUUUCCUUCUUUUCGCGUUGGGACUAGAGUUCUCUGCGGCAAAGCUUCGAGUUGUUCGAGCUGUUGCUGUGCUUGGAGGUUUACUCCAAAUUUUCUUAUUUAUGUCCUUAGCCGGCAUAACAGCCUCGCUAUGCGGUGGCAGAUCUUCAGAGGGGGUAUUCGUUGGUGUUUUGUUGUCAAUGUCAUCAACAGCUGUGGUUUUGAAGUUUUUGAUGGAAAGAAAUAGUAUCAAUGCUCUUCAUGGCCAAGUUACUGUUGGAACCCUUAUUCUUCAGGAUUGUGCUGUCGGUUUACUGUUUGCGCUGCUUCCAGUGCUCGGUGGUACUUCUGGGGUCCUUCAAGGAGUUAUCUCCAUGACUAAGUCGUUGGUGACCUUGCUUACGUUUUUAGCCAUUUUGUCAAUAUUAUCUCGUACAUGUGUGCCUUGGUUUCUUAAGCUGAUGAUAAGCUUGUCAUCACAGACCAACGAGCUUUAUCAAUUGGCUGCGGUCGCAUUUUGUCUGCUUGUAGCUUGGUGCAGCGAUAAGUUGGGGCUAAGUCUUGAACUUGGUUCAUUUGCUGCUGGUGUUAUGAUUUCAACAACUGAUCUUGCACAGCAUACACUUGAACAAGUUGAACCAAUUCGAAACUUCUUUGCUGCUCUUUUCCUUGCUAGCAUAGGAAUGCUUAUCCAUGUUCAUUUCCUCUGGAAUCAUGUUGAUAUUUUACUAGCUUCAGUUAUACUAGUCAUCAUUAUUAAAACUGUCGUGACCACCCUAGUCAUUAAAGGUUUUGGCUACAGUAACAAGACUUCACUACUGGUUGGGAUGUCUCUGGCGCAGAUUGGAGAAUUUGCUUUUGUUCUUCUCAGUCGCGCUUCAAACAUUCAUUUGGUCGAGGGCAAGCUAUAUUUGCUCCUUCUAGGAACAACAGCUCUUAGUUUGGUAACAACUCCCUUGCUUUUCAAGUUGAUUCCUGCUGUUGUACAUCUAGGAGUGCUGCUGCGGUGGUUCUCUCCUGAUAUCACUCAAAACGAUAUUGGGUAUAAAAGCGAUAUCCUUCGAAAUGACAGUGCUAAGAGAAUUACAUUAAUGGUCCAUAGCGCUCACGACUCGUGAAUAAAAAAACACGAACAAGAAAUGAUGCUUAUGAUGGACUUCAUCAUACGGCUUCGUAAUACACUCUAAAAGGCUGCGCAAAAACCGAGAGGGAGGUUAUAUUUGAGUCGGCCUUUUUUACAGAACUCGAGAACUUCUCUAAUCUCAUCUCUCUCUGUUGCAUAUAAAAUUCAUGAAUGGGACACAAGAAAUACAGGAAACGCUCAAACUUAAGACAAAAAGAACAAGUGAGAGCUUAUAGAUGAAAGAAGGCUUGUGAUGAUGGGAUCUAACCCGAAGCACCAAAUCUCUCUGAGGUGAAGUCAUCAUACUAAUUUUCUGCUUAACCAAUUUUGUGUAAAUUAGAUUCUAGCGUGUAAUGUAAUUCUUUUAUUUUAUGUUGUUGUAGUUUGUUUUCUAAACUGACGCAGUUGUGAAAGUCAUACAGAAUAUUUAGGUCAUUUGAAGAUCAAGCUGUAAAUCUAUUUCUUCACUUAACGUCUCAAAAUGACACAUUGACACUGACAAAUAAUGAAUACCACAUUUACCUUUA